UUGUGGAUUUGUGGUAAUUGGUAAGUCAAAGUAACUCAAAUGUUGUGUUAGAGACUUGGAGUGUAUCAUGAACAUCUCCUGCAAUCUUCACUCUUCAGGUUGCACUUUCUGCUUAACAAACCCUUUAAAGCCAUGGCCAAAAUCUUCUUCAAAUCUCCAAAACCUUCUCUUUCAAGACCUCCACCCUUCUUCCACUUCUCAACUCCUUUCUCUCUCCUAUCCUCAUCCAAACCCCUCAAUUUCAACCACAAAAGAUCAUUCAAUCUUUCUUUAAAACCACCAAAUUCCUCAAAUUUGUUCAGAAAUUACAGCACCCCACCAGGAACAGAGUGUCCUGUUCCUUUAGAUCAACAACCCAUAAAUGAAUACCAAAAUCUCUCAACUUCCUUCCCUUUUUCAUGGGCAUCAGGCGAUCUUGUUGAAUACGCUUCUAGGUUGUUUGCUACUGGUCUUUCCUUUGGCCUUCUUGUAGGCUUACCCGUUUCAUGGUUCGGGUCAGUUGGGUUUGAUCAUGACCCGGUUAAAGUGGUUCUGGGUUCGUUUUUGAGUGGCCUGUUUGUUGUUACUCUUGCUGUUCUGAGGAUGUAUUUGGGGUGGGCUUAUGUGGGAAACCGCUUACUCAGUGCCACUGUUGAAUAUGAAGAGACAGGAUGGUAUGAUGGUCAGAUAUGGGUCAAAACUGCUGAGAUUUUGGCACGUGAUCGGCUUUUAGGCUCAUUUCAGGUGAAGCCGGUUCUAAUCAGGUUAAAAAACUCGUUGGUUGCACUCGCAAUAUCUUUAUUUAUUAGUGUCGCGCUCUUAAUAAAUUAUGAAGGGAGCCAGAAGGAACUCCGGAAAUUGUCAAUGGAAGGUGGGGAUCGGGUUGUAGCUGGAGUUUACAAUGAUAAUUCUGCUAGAUCAUUUGAGCCUGAUGCUUUCUGUGGUGAACCUCAACUUGAGCCUGAGCCUGAGCCUGAGCCUGAGCCUGAGCCUGAGCCUGAGCCUGAGCCUGAGCCUGAGCCUGAGCCUGAGCCUGAGCCUGAACCUGAACCUGAACCUGGUCUGCUUGCUGAAUGACUGAUAGCCUGGAACACAUAAUACCAGAAAAAUUGUAGUGUACAUGACGUAUAUUUCUAAGUAUUUUCUUGUAUAUCAAUCAUCACUACUUCUGUAUAGCAGUAUAGAUUCAGGUCUUUGAAGAGAUACUUUAACCGUAAGACGUAAGUAACCUUCGGUUACUCUUUUAAUGUGACAUUAAUCUUAAUUAAUUCUAAUUAAAAGAA